CGCGCAGACGUCGGCCUCUGACGCCGUCGUCACCCCUGCGCGGACUCCCCCUAGGGCCGCUCCCUCCGACCGUUGGGUGUCCUGUAGAAGUCCCUCCUUUAGGACUUCCCCUCUCCGCCAACCGUUCUUGCGGCUGCAACCCAUGUGGGAGUUCGGGCUCCUGCGGUCGCCGCGGCUGCUGCUCCUGUUGCCGCAGCUCGGACUCGGAGUCGCCGCCUCACGCUUUCAGGCCGGAACCAUGAACUUGGGCGGCGGCAGCAGCAGUGCGCGAUGCUCCCCUUCCGACGAGGACCGCCAGUGCCUGCAUCUGUCCACGGUGCCAGGAGCCGACCCGCAGCGCAGCAACGAGUUGCUCCUGCUGGUGGCAGCAGCGGAGGGACCGGAACGGCGGGGUCUCUCUGGGGACCGGGCGAAGGAGGGGCCUCAGCCGCAGCCCCAGCAUCACGUUCUCUAUUUCCCCGGGGAUGUACAGAAUUAUCAUGAAAUUAUGACUCGUCAUCCUGAGAAUUACCAGUGGGAAAACUGGAGUCUAGAAAAUGUUGCUAACAUUUUAGUCCAACGAUUCCCCAAUAGUUAUAUUUGGGUGAUAAAGUGUUCCCGAAUGCAUUUGCACAAAUUCAGCUGCUAUGACAAUUUUGUGAAAAGUAAUAUGUUUGGUGCUCCAGAACACAGUACUGACUUUGGAGCUUUUAAGCACCUUUAUACAUUAUUAGUUAAUGCUUUUAACCUAAGUCAGAACAGUUUGCUAUCAAAGAAGAAUGUGAAUGAUUUAAAUAAGGACUCCAAAACAUCUAAUUGUAGAUCCAGUUCUUCUCAUACUACAAAUGGUUGCCAGGGAGAAAAAGAGAGGACCUGUAAAAACUUUGAUGAGUCGGCCAUGAAUUUUUAUCCACCAUCACUAAAUGGUGCUGCUUUUACUUUAAUUGGAUUCAGUAAAGGAUGUGUUGUUUUGAAUCAGUUGCUCUUUGAACUGAAAGAAGCUAAGAAAGACAAGAACAUAGAUGCUUUUAUCAAAAGCAUAAGAACAAUGUACUGGCUGGAUGGUGGUCAUUCUGGAGGAAGCAAUACUUGGAUUACUUAUCCAGAAGUCUUGAAAGAAUUUGCACAAACAGGCAUUAUUGUUCACACCCAUGUAACACCUUACCAAGUACGUGAUCCAAUGAGAUCUUGGAUUGGAAAGGAGCACAAGAAAUUUGUUCAGAUACUUGGAGAUUUUGGUAUGCAGGUGACUAGCCAAAUUCAUUUUGCAAAGGAAGCUCCUUCCAUAGAGAAUCACUUCAGGGUUCAUGAGGUAUUUUAACACUAUAAGAAUAUUAAUGUACUCGUUCAUUGGAAGAGCAGAAGCACUUUGUUUUAUAAAUUCAGAUGAGAUGUAAUUCAAAAAAGCAUUUUCCAUUUUGGGGGGGGAGCACACAUUCCUAAAAUGAGUGUAAUGUGCAAUAGUAUUCCUUGUGAAUGUGAACAGUUUUUAAUUUGGACUGGGUUAGAAUUAGUUCAUUUGAAAUCUAAAAGAUGGUUUGUGAUGAUCCUGAUAAUAAUGACCCUUUAGAAUGAAAGUUACAGUAUAAUCCUUAUAAAAGGUAAUUAUUAGAAAUAGUUUAUUUUCUGAGUAAUGUUUAAAAUUAGUUUUGGUGGCACUAUAACAGUAAUUAGAUAUUUUGGCACUGAAAACUUUUGAGUAGAAACACUAUUUCUCUUCAAACAAAGCAAAGGCACCCUUAUGUUUUCCAUCAUUUUGGAAAAAUUAUACCCUGCCUAUAUGUUUUAUAAACUCGUGGAAUCAUUCUUUAAUGUGCCACCAAGAGUUUUGAGAGUCAAAAUAUAUCUGUUUCCCAAUAUCCAAGAAUGUGUAGUAGUAUAAAGUUUUUUAAAAACAUUACACUUAAGCACUCUGGCUAAAUUUUCACUUCUGGAUAUUUUGGAAUUUCUUGAUCUCAGCCCAAAACCAGUUCUUUUGGGAAAAUUCUUUUAAAUUGAACAUAAGUAUGUAUAUUGGAUACAAAUAUAUUACAGAUUUAAAAUCUUUUUAUUGUAUCAGUCUUUUGAAAGAGAUCAACUUAGGUAAAAUAUAUAAUACUCUGUUAGUGCUCUGUUGACAAGGAAACAUAUACAGGUCUAAGUCAUUUUUUCUCCAGAAGCAUUUUUGUCUGCCAAAAGAAAGUAGCAUUCUUUGGCCAAAAUGCAAAUUAUAUUGCUAUAGAAAAGUUACAAGGAAAAGGUUGAAGACAAAUGAUUUAAUUUUGACUCAGAAACUUAGUUUGCCUAAUACUGCUACAUGAUUUGGGUGAGGUUCCUUCUGCAUAUUUUUCUUGACCUAAAUAAAAUACAUUGACAAAGUAAUAUCAACAAACAUUGAAAUGUAGCUGUGUAAUUGCAAUAAAGAGUGGUCAUAUUUA